UUCAACAUGUGGUACAUCCCCGUCAGCGCAAUAUAACGUCUAUGCCUCCUGUCACAUCAAUUGUCUCCCCGGUUCCCAAGACACCACGCAACAUCGUUGGCGGCCGUGUGGCGCUUAUUGUUUUGCAUGUUGAACAGUGCGGAUGCAUAAACUGCAAGGUGUUGGGAGGGGAAAUGAGCAAAGUGGUGAUGGAUAAUUGCAAUACUACUCCGACUGUUCUGGCCAACAUGCAUUCUCAGAUCCAAUCUGUGUGAUUAUAAGAAAUACUUGGGUAUACUACUUGUAUGUACGCAGUGUAAUCUUGUAAGAAACGGCAUAUAUGACAAUGCAGGACUAGUGCCCUAAACCGUCGCAUCAAUAGAAAGCAGGAACUUAACGAGAUUUGUAGCACAACGCAAUCAAGAUGGGUCGUAAGCUGAAUCUGUCUCACCUGUCUGAGGGAGAAUGCCGUCAGAUCUUAGAUGUUAUACAGCGAGACUUCAGUAUCAGGCAAAAAGAGAAGGAACGCUUGGUGAAACUUCAGAAACUCGUUAAGGAUGAGGAACAAAAGCGUCUUGUACUGUCCCGACAGAAAGAAUUCAACGAGAAGUACUGCAUCUGCUGCUUCUCUUCAUUCGGGUUAAUCUUCAACAAGCGGACUGAGUGUAAAUCAUGCGGCUUCUUCAUUUGUCGUGGUUGUUCGGUCAAACCGGAGGGUGUCAAGGUUUUCAUGUGUCUCGGGUGUGCUCAACAAAGGGAGCUGCAGGUUCAAGUUUGUGAGUGGUUUUACGGUCAGAUCAGGAAUAGAUUUCGGCGCUUUGGCAGUGCAAAGGUUGUCAGGUCACUGUACAAGAGGGACAGUCUCUCAUCUGAAAGCUUUGACCAUUGUAGCAAUGAUUCCGGCGUUGACCAUCAGCUCAGCCCUCCAGCCAAGGGACUUUUAUCCCCUGAAGAAGCUUCCAGACUCUUCAUGGAAACCCUGGAGAAACAGACAGGCACAGCCGGCAAAGAAGUGUUUGGUGUACCUUAUAAAGCAUUGCUGGACAACCCAGACUGGCUGCCUCUCUUCAGACCACAGACGUCUUCAGUGGCUGUUCAGGCUCCAGAGGAUGUAUUAUCAGAUGUGCUGGACAGCAGGCAAGCAUUGGAAGACUUUGUAUUCAACCUCCCACCGGAAGAAGAAGAGCUUGAGAAAAAAGGAGAUUCUGGAAAGAAAGUGCGUAGGAACUCUGGUCCCAAGGUUGUUAUUAUGGACCCGGAAGGAGAACCUCUCAGUAAAGCACAAGAAGCUAAUCGUAAGGUCCACUUUGGUGACACAACAACCUUGACAAAACCCAAGGAAUCUGGAUCCUCCUCAUCAAUGACAGCAUCUGGAGCAGCUUAUCACAUCCUAUCUCCAAUUGAGGAGGUCUUGUCCUCCCCAGAGCUAACUGCCGAUGCUAACGGCAACAAACUAGACUCUAGUAGUGCAUCCCCACUCAAAGACAGAGCUAGUAUUGAUAGGCUUGCACUUGGUGACGACGACAAAAGAGUACGGGCAGAUUCUUCAAGCACAAUAUCACCCCAUGAUUGGGAUUCAGGAAUACAUAUGUCCCUGUGUCUUUCUCAGGACGGCGGCUGGGAAGUCUCACAGAGCACCUCGUCAGGAACAGACUCAGUUGAUGGCCUUCUAUCAAAAGAAUCCAAUCAAAGUACACAAUCAGAGUCGGUGGACGGCUUUGCUGGCAUGGUUUACCCUAGUCUAGAUGCAAAUGACACACUUGAUAGCUUGGAAACCAACUUUAAUUCAGUCCAAAGUGAGAUGAACACAUCUGAGAUGAAUGAUGACUUUAUUUCAAGUAGUUGCAUACUUGACGAGAGUAGGCAGAAACAUGAUGAACAUGACGAGAGCAUGAGUGGCAUUGAGAUAGAGCAACUCACAUUAUCUCGUAGCUCCAGUGCCGAUACACUGAAGACUGAUGAUGAUGAUGAUAUUGAUGGAAAAGUUGGAAACUUGACGAUGGAGGAAUUCCUAGAUCAACUAACAAGCCUUUCUUUGUCAGCGACAAGCGAGAGUGCUGAUGACUUCCUGAAAGAUGCACAGCGAGGCAAGACCGAGGCAGAUUCUAGUGCAGCGUCUACAGACGAAACACUUCUACUUUCUUCUAGUGAGGAAGUAAAAAAAGAAGAGAUGGAGUCUCUCAGCCUCUUACUGGAGAUGAAUGAAGAAAUUCAACCUUUACUUGGCGACAUGGAGGAAGAAGUAGACCUUCCACAAGGUGACUCUGAGAUAAGUCCAACAAAGCAGCAGCCCGAGAAGGCUUCCAAGUCAGUCAACUCACAAAAGCAGGAUGACACCAUCAAGAUAAAAACCGAUGAAAGACAUUUCAAGUGUACCAAAAGCCAUCACCAUCACUCUGGAAGAUCACAUGAGCCGUCAGCCAGGAGUAAAAGCCCAUACCGCAGGUCCAAAUCUAACGAUGACUUUGCUUUGUCCGGGAGAGCUGGGGAAACCAGGAGUAAGUCCAAUGGAAACAAGAGCCACCGCAGAGAUGGGGACCCCAACUUCAAAUGCACAAAAGAAUCACAUCACCAUGGUAAGCAUCAUGAUCGGUCGCCGUCAAAUCGCUUUAUCCGUUAUGACUCACUCCCUCUGGUUGUAGAGGUCUUUGAAUCAGACUUUAACUAUCACUCACACCACCACAAUCACCGUGAUUUCAGGCAGUUCUCACAGGAGACAGACAGCAACGACAGUGAGCCAUCUAACCAGGUAGCUGGCAAAACAAGUAGGUCUGGUGCUAAGCUGGUACGAGCACCUCACCUCUCGCCAAAAUCAUCCUAUGAGGAGGACCCCACUCAGUCAAGACAACUCUCGAUGGAGUCCAAUACGACAGAGGACACCAUGCCAAAGAGUACCUCACAGUCUUCAGGGCCAACCACACCUGAGUCGCGCAGAGACAGCCAGCAAUUGGCUGGAAUGUCUUCAGAGAAUGAAUCUCUCAUGGACAGCAGCAAAGAAGAACAAAGGUCACCCGAUAAACCCCUUCACCGAUCACCAAUACAGCAAGGGGGUAGCAGGUUACACUUCGAUAAGCCCAAAUUAAGUCCAUCUGGAAUAGACUAUCCGGCCAAAGAUAACAGUAUCAAAGAUUUCAUACAGUCGCUUCACAGGGUAGACAUGGAAAACUAUAGCGAGAGCAGAGCAGAACAUUCAAACUCAAUCAAUGAGUCGCCUACGUCGUGCCAAAUGGAACUAAAUGUCAAUGCAUUCCCUGAGAGAAGUUAUCAGGACAAUGAUGUUCAUCACAAGUCACAACGUGGAUCGCCGAACCAACUCAAGUCACCUGGUCAUUCCUCACCCUUUACCUCACCAACCCAGCCUUCUCCAGGCUUGGCCUCGCCACAUGCUUCUCAUAAAGGGUCUCCAACCCAGCUUUCACCCUCUGCUUCACCAACACAAAGUGACCCUAGAGCUUCCCCUACCUCUAACCCAAAGAGGUUAAUGGCAUUACGGAAGGACAUUCAGGAACUCGCUAACUUGAGUAAGAAGGUGUCCAUAACCCAGGAGGAAAUGCUCCAGUCAGCUGAAGAAGUUCUGACAUCUGCUCAUAAGAUGUCAAGUAUUCAGAACGAAGUGGAAGAGUUAGAGAAUGUCUUAGAUUCCUUGGAGAGGACAGUGAUUGGUGACUCCUCAUCAUUAUAUGGAAGCAGUAGUGACAAUGAUGAGGAAGUUGUUGGUCCCAAGGAGCAAGUGGUUGAAGAUAUGCAAACAUUGGAGCGCCAACUUGCCUAUUCAAAUACGGAGGAUGCCCCCUCAGAGGUAAACUCUGCAUCAGCUGUACGUAUGAUAACUACAACUGCCCUAAAACUCUUGAGAACAACAGAAGAUGCUAUGGAGUCUCAUACUGCUGCCUCCUUAGCAUCACCCUCAUCUCAGUAUCAUAGUGACUCUCAGGUCAAAGACUCCGCUGAGGAAAGACUUGGAACAACAUCAGAUGUACGAACAUCUGAAAGAGAUGUCUUGGAAAGGAGAAGUUCUGAGGAGGAAGAGAUGUGCGCAUGUUCUUCCACCGAUGGAAGCCGUCCAAAUUCUCUCACACUUGACGAUGCCCUGACUAGAAACGGUAGACAUGAAACGGACCUUGUGGAGAGAAAAUCCAAACCAUCUCCACAUCAGUCUGAGAGGUCCAGGAACCAGACCGGGGUGUCAUUCCUACAUCUGCAUCCUAGCAAUGGUCAGGAUUCGCCGCCCAUAGCGACGCUAAUGUGUGAAAUGGACGAGGAUGUCCGAAAUGGGAAUGGGUUCAAUGUGGCCGUUAACCCGUACCAGAAUGGCGACAGGGCGCUACUGGAUGACAUCCAAAGUUAUGAAUCCUUAUCACCGACGGAUCAACGGCUGCUAGAUAUGACCCUAAAUCUUGAUGAAGGAGUUGGCAUGGAGGGGCUUCCUAAGGAUAAGCGGGCGGAGAGGAGAAGAAGGGAGAGGAAACUGAGAAAGUCUACAGGGUAUAAGACAGUGGAGAAGGAGAAGGAAGUGGAUUUAUUACUGUAUAAUGAGAUGGCGCAGCUUGAGGAAAAGGUUUACUUGUCAGCCGGUAAAGUCUUCACCUUAGAAGAUCGUCUCAAGAUUCUACAGGAGCGGGUCAAUCGUGUAGAUCGGAUGUCACCAGAAGAAAAUAUCAUCGAUCUUGAAGAUAAGAUUGCAUUGACCAUUGCUCAAGUUGCUCAGAGUGAAAGUCAGGUGGCUGCAGUGGAGGCCCAGAUUUCAGCACUACAGCGUUCAAGAGAACAGUCAACAAUGGAUCUAGCAGGCUACCAGGCUGAUGGAAAGUUUGCUACAGUGUCCGUCGCAAUGUGUAAUCUAACAAGCCCAGAAAAGAAACUGAAACUAAUGAGUGAAGCUGAUGAAGGCACUGACUUUAAAUCAGAGAUUACCGAGCGCCACAUUUCAACCCUUCAUAUGUCUAUUGGUACAAAUGAUAAUCUUCCACUCACAGUGACAGAUGGAGAGCAAACAGCGGAAGUAACUCUUCCAGUGAUUGAGACUGAAGACCGAGGUGUAGCAAGCGUAGUGUAAUCCUGUCAUCACUCUACUGGUAACUCACCAGGGCCCAAUGUUAUAAAGCUUGUAAGCAAAGAAACCUGCCAAGCAUAGGAAAAUAUUGCUUAGCAAAAACAGGUUACCAGACAACAUUCCAUAUAGUUUUCAUGUUUUGCUCAGCAAAAUCCUUUGCUAAGCAGAAUCUUCUGCUAAACAGCUUUAAUGACAUUGGUCCCAAUCAUCCCAUCUCUUGGAUUCACAGGGCAAUAGAAUGUUCCAUCCAAAAAAACACAAACCUUGUAUUUUAAGCAAAUUAUGAUGCAAUAUUUUUAUGAAAAGGACAUUUUAAAUCAAGAUAAGAUAUAUAAUGUUUUCUUCACUUGUAAGCAUUUUCUGAUGUCGGAAGCCUUUAGGGCUUUAUAUAGCUCAGUUGGUCGAGCACCGGCACGUUAACCCAGCGGUCGGAGGUUCAAGUCCUGCUCUUGUUUUUGUUCAAACCAAAAUGAUAAAAUCUACCCACUCACAUGUUUCCCUUGUGAUUUAUUACUUGGUAUUCCUAGUAAGUCACAAGCCACAUGAGUAGAGCGGUGUACAGAUGGGAAUCCAAACAGGUAAAGGGAGAUUUUUACCAGUAGGGCGCAUGCUGAGACCUACGCACGUGGCUCAGAGGCGCAAAAAAAGACCGUUCGGUCUGCUGCCACCAGCGCCUCAAAAGUCUCCCACUCUGGUUGAAGUUCCUGUUUUUGACUUAACCGUGUAGUAUGUAAAUUAUUGCAGCUUGGGUGGAGGUAAAUAAAACUUGUUGUGAUGCUAAUGUUUUGUCUUCUUGGGAUUCCAUAUAUGUUUUGAAUUCUAUGACAGUAAGGAAAGUUUUGUUCAUGUCAUAAUGGGUUUAAAACGGGCAAACACUGAUAAUAACUUCAUUUAUUACAAAUCUCAAUAUUCCAUGCUGUGUAUAAUAGUAGUCAUCAACAUUCAUGAUUAUAAUAUUAACCAAAUAAUUUAUCUGACUACCGUAAAAUACAUUCCAGCAAUGCAAGAUACUAAUAUAACAAACUGUACAAUGCAAUCUUGUGCAUCUCUAUGUAAUUAUUAUACAGACUAUAAUUAUUAAAUAUUUCAUACUAAGUACAUUCUUGUACAAAGUCUUUCACGCAUGCUUGUGAGAAUACACCAAUUUUUUGGAAGGUAUAAAAAUGUUUGUAUUCGUUCAUUGUUCAGUACUCAGUCAGGCAAUACCCACCAAUAGGAAAUGUGACUUUGUUAGUAAAAGCAAAACUAAAAAUUAAAGUACAACUGUUUUAAAACUCACAAUUCACAUCAUACCUACUAUAGAUGAAUGGACUACUUUGCCUGUUAGCUGUGGAAUGAGGUGCAUUGUGGUCUAGUUAGUGACAAAGUUUAGUCAUUAACUAGAUCGGGCCCAAUUUCGUGGCUCUUCUUACUAUAAGCAAAGAAUUUGUGCUUCUGGAAGCAGGGAAUUCCAUGCUAAAAUUAUCACAAGACUUCACGGGUAAGCAGGGAGUUUUUGCUUGUGCGCAUGCUAACUCUACCUUUACUAGGCUUACACAAACUAAGGAAGGAAUUUGGUGCUUGCGAAGUAAGUGGAGAAUGGUGACAGUAAGCCCCAGACUUUGACAAUAAGCAAAGCCAGGAAAUUUGGCCCAGCUUGCACCUCAUUCCACAGCUAAUGUCCUCGGUCCCAGUAUUUGUGAUAUAUUGACUUCUAAGUUGAGGGAUGUGCUGAGAUGAGUCAAUUAAGUUGUUCUUAUAGCAUUGAACAAACCCAUUGAAAACCAUAUCCUUUAAAACAAUUCCAUAUAAAAUACCCUACACCAAAUUUUUCGAAUAUUUGUUGUUGUAUAUAAAUUAAUAAUCUUAGAAUUGGAUUCAAACUAGACAUACACACCAGAUACACAUUAAGUGUCAGUAUACCAUGUUAAGUAUACACAGUAUUUUGUAUUCGUUGUUCAGACAUGGGCUUUCACUGGAAUGAGGUCGACAAAGACUCAUUCUUCUUAGUGCACAGGCUUUUCUUAUUUUAUAUGAAGCCUUUAGAUUAAUUUGCAGAGUGAUAAACUAGUUAUUAAAUUAAGAUGAGACAUUGCUAGUAAUAGCCACUUAGA